CUGAAAGUUCUGAAAAAGAAGAACAUCCAUUGCAUGAAAAUUGCAUGUUGUGGGAUGAAAAUGCCAAGCUGAGACUGGAAAUAGACACAGCAAAAAAUCAGAAGCAAGAAAUGGAAAAAGAACAUUUUGAGGACAAUGCACUUCUCAAAGAAAAGCAUGACCAUCUUCAAAAGACAAUAAGAGAAACAGUAUUUCAACACAAUGAGCAGCUUGAAGUUCUGAGAGUUGAGAAUACUGUGCUAAACAGUAAACUGGAGAAUGAACAACAAAACAGAGGAAGACUGGAAGCAGAAGUUGAAUCAUACCGGUCUAGACUGGCUACCGCUGUACAGGAUCAUGAGCAUUGUCAGACAUCAAAAGGAGACCUACAACUUGCUUCCCAGAGAGCAAGAGAUGAAGGGUUUUCUGCAGGAAGGUCAUUCUACAAACCAGUUGAAACUUAAAAAACUCCUAAAAGUUGCAAAACAGAAAUUACAUCAAUGUGA